AUGACAAAUGGUUUGGAGAUAGUUAAGUCUGGAAAGGAGUUGAAAAUAAAUUGCACGCUACGAGAUAAAAUGGUAAGAUUUUUUGAAAAUUGGUCAAAAAGUAAGUGGAAAAAGAAUUUUUUAAUAAAUUUUUGAGAAAUUUAACAUUUGACUAUUUUUAAUUGAAAAUGAAAUUAUAAAUUUUUUUGACCAAACUUAUUGAAAAAUGGAAAUUCUAUAGACUUUCUGACCGAUUUCUGCUUGAAAAUGGAUGUUCUAUAGACUUUUCGACCGAUUUUUGCUUCAAACUUAAAAUUUCAUAAACUUUUUGACCGGUUAUGACUAAAAAUUAAAAAAAUUUUUUUCUUUGAACUUUUGGACCGAAUUUUUUUCAAUUUUAAUAUUAACUAGCUAUUAUUCUAGCUAGCCAACCAAUGUAGUAUGGUAGUGACGCAAAACUUUUUGAGCGCUGACGACUUUACUGGUCUCGGCGAAUUGGCCGGUUUAUUGGACAGUUUCGACAAUAAUUCAAUGGCUAAUGGGCUGUGCGAGUAUGUCUAUACCUAUACUUAAGAUUUUGAUAUUUUUUGACUUUGAACGUCAAAAUUAAAAAAAAAUUUUGAUAGAAAUGGUAAAUUGAAAUUUCUAGGGACUUUUUGACCGAUUUAAAAAAAUGGAAAUUCUAUGAACUUUUUGACCGUUAAAAAAUGGAGGUUCUUAUUUAUAACUUAUUGAACGAAUUUUGAAAAAAUGAAAAUUCUAUGAACUUUAUGACCGGAGUCAAAAUGCUGUAAAGAAAGUUUUAGUCAAUUCUGGCAACUAAUGAUGUGUGCCCGCUUCGUGGGUCCAUGUUUUUCCGAAAUUCUAAGUGGCACCGAGUCUAUGAUGCUCUAUCGAAAAGUGGGCUAUGCGUUUGGGAUUUGCAGUAAUCAUACGGUUGAAGGUAGGGGUUUUUUAAUUUUGUUUUGUCUAGACAGGGCAUGUUAUUAAAAAGGUAGGGCGGUUCAGUUAGUGGGACUUGUUGAGACUAUGGUAGGGAUAGGUUAAGGCUAAAGUUGAGUUAUCUAAGGGCUGGUUUAUGACUAGGGUAACAAAGCAUGGUAGGGUAGAACAUGGUAGGGUAGGAUAAAGUAGGAUGGGAGAAGUUAAGGUAGAAUACGGUAGAACAGUAGGGUAGGGUAGAGUUACUGUAAGCCUAUUGGAUGUUUAUUUUAAGCCUGUGGUAGAUCCAAAAGGUAGGAAUAGGAUAGCGUAAGACUUAAGACUAGGGCAGGCUAGUAUUGAGUAGGUAUGAUAACGUUUGUCCUAAGACUAGGCUACGGUAAAUAUAGGGUUAAACAAUAAUAAAUGGUACUUGGGUAAGGCUAGAGUAGGUCUACAAUAAGGUAACACUUUUUUUGGAUCAUGGUAGGUUAGUGUUAGCCUGAAGUAGGGUGGGUAUUGUGGAUGUUGUUUACAGUAUAAAGCUCAUAAAAGUCAGUAUGUAGUACUGUACAUAUAUAUAAUAUUCAUUAUACGAUUGUUUUAGUAUCAAAGGAAAUUGAAGAUUGUCACGAUACCUUGAGCCGUUCUACUUGCAACUUCGAUAGCUUUGAUGAUGGGUCAGGAUGCAAGUAGGUUUAUAUUAGCUUAAACUACCCUUACGUCUUUAGUUUUACCGCUACGCCGACCUCUAUCCUGAUCUUGCUCAUACACUUACACCUACCCUUACUCCUACACCUACCCCUUUCUAUUACUUUUACCUCUAUCCCCACCCCUACCUCAUGGUAAUAUCUUUUAUUUCAGUGAAGAGUACUACUCAUGUGUAUUCAAACAAGUCACCGAAUCCUGUCCCGGUUUGUCAGCCGAAGGGAAACGAACCAUUUGCCUGAUCUUCGCCUACAGUCAACAAGUCGGCUGCCCCUACUUUUCGUUCUGCUCUCUAUAUGAACGUGUUAUCUAG